GGCAGCAGCAACAGCGGAGGGACUGGGGACUUUUCUUUGACGCCCAGAUUCCAAGAACAGUCAAAGUUCACACCAUCCGCCCCUCUCUUUGCCUCUAUAUAUAUAUAACCUGGACGUCGCCUUGCACACACAACAGUUCACCUCAGCCGAGUUCAGAAGCUAGACUUUGGAGGCUUUAACGACCAGACAUGAAGCGCUCAGUGAGUCGAGCAAUAUCCGCUGAGCACUAAGAGAGAGGAUGACUGGAGCCGGGAACAGCAGCACAGCGCAGAGCGAGGAGGGCAGGCCGGGCAGUGGGCUCAAGGCCCCCAGCAGGGACCAGCAGCAGGUGCCCCCCAGUGGCUACCAAGUGCGGUUCCUGCCCCUGACCCAGUCCCACUGCCAACCUGUACUUCACCUGGGCCACCACCAGGGGCUCCUCGCCUUCAAACACACCGGCCUCUCGCUAGGCCCACAAGACAUCCUCAGAGAGACGGCCCGCCUGGGAGGUGCCAACGCGCCCUUGAACCCGCUCGGCGCCAGAAGGGCCCCGGUCAUCCUGUACUACAGCCGCCCUGUCAACGGCCAUGGAGGAGGGGACCAGACGUCGCCACGGCAACGGGAGUGUGGGUCCUCCAACCCCCUGUACCUCCACGGGUUCUGUCAGUGGCCGGGCUGUGAGCAGGUGUUUAAGGAGUAUGAGGCCUUUCUAAAGCACCUGGAUGACGAUCACUGUCUGACUGACACCAGCAGAGCCCAGUGUUUCCUGCAGAAGGCCCGGGUCCGUCAGCUGGAGCAGAAGCUGGUAUUGGAGACAGAGAGGCUGCUGGCCAUGCAAUCGCAGCUCGGGGCAAAAGAAUCGCUGGCACACGUGCUGGACGUUCCAGGAAAGGACAGUGUGUCUGUGUGUCCGGAGUAUCCCAGGGCUCCUGGUGGCCCCUCGCUCUCCAGCUCAGCGAGUGGUCACAUCCCAACCCCGAGCACACACCGGGACGGGGAGAAUCGCAGCUGUGUGUUCUCAGAUGUCAAUCCCACUCUCGAAUAUUAUCGGAUCUACAACGUCCGACCCCCCCUCACCUACGCAGCGCUCAUCAGAUGGGCAAUUCUGGAGACCCCGGACCGACAGUUGACCCUGAAUGAGAUCUAUCAGUGGUUCACCCACACCUUUGCGUUUUUCCGAUAUAACACAGCCACGUGGAAGAACGCAGUCCGUCACAAUCUCAGCCUCCAUAAGUGUUUUGUUCGCGUUGAGAAUGUGAAGGGAUCGGUCUGGACCGUGGAUGAGUUGGAAUUCGAGCGGCGCCGGGGACAGAGAGUCAGCAGGGCGUUGGGACAGGAUGGAACGGGCAGGAAGGUGAUCCCCAGGACCCCGAGGUGAUGGAGAUAACCCCCUGACCCCAGGCUGCUCGGACUGAGCUGGGAAAGCCGAGGGAAAGCAGACCAUCCGCCCGGAUUUCCCGCCUGCGUUCCAAACGUGGAUGGGGAAUUGACCAGAUCAGGGGGAGGGGCAGCGGGGAAAGGAGUG